UGAUGAGUAUCAAACGAGUUCUACUGAGCCUGUAAGAUCUGAAGAUUUGCCAAUGGGGAUGGAGCCGACGAUCCUGUCUUAGAUUGAGUACAGUACCUAGUCGGUAGGUGGAUGACUCAAAUGGCCGUUUUCAUCCAGUCCAGUCCAGUGCCACCGGCGUCUUUUGAGGCGUACGUAUGGCCCCAGCGGGCUCAGCAGCCACCCACCUGGCAAACUGCGGGUCACUCCCGUUGUGGAGGGGUUGACGUUGACGUUGUGGUAUGGUGUGGGCUGUCUGGGUCGGAGGGAGCCUGGUGGUCGUGGGGUCGUGGUGGUGGCAACGAGGCAAAAGGCUGGGCUGGGCUGGGCUGGGGAGCGGGGAAAGUUUUGCCAGCCACCAGCCACCGCCUCCCACCACCGCCACCUACCGCCGUCAUCAUCAUCAUCAUCAUCAUCAUCAUUAUUGAUCGCAUCAGCAUCAGCAUCAGCAUUAGCAAUUUAUUGAGGUGUCUCUGGUCGGGAGAUGGAUGGAUCCGACCCGAGGGUCUCACUGCAUGGUCUUGAGGUCUGGAUUACUGUACUCCAUAUUCCAUGGUCCAGGUAGUAGGUAGAGUGUACUGUACCGGGUACUCUACGGUCACUGUAGGUGGGUAAUAGCUUUUACCCUGGGGUCGGAUGAAGAAGGGUCGGGUGAUGUGAUUGAUUGGAUGCGUGUGGUGGGCGUAGAAGAGCCAGAAGGUGGCUGAUGCGAUCGAUA